AUGUCAUAUCAAAACCCAGCGACCUUCUCACCAUACACUCCACCUCCUGAUGAACAAAAAUCGAAUCGCAAUUCCGUUCGAUAUGCACCGAUUCCUAGUAGUAGUACAACUGCAUCAACCUCUGCUUCUGCUUCUGCAAAUCCCUUUGCCGGAGUUUAUCGACAAACCGAACAAUUACCUGAUGGUCAAAUAAAGAUCAAUAAAUAUGAGACGGGCUUGCCAAUAAGAGUUGAUAUUGAAGCGGCUUUGGCUUAUGCUCUGGGCUGUGUAACUGGUGUCAUGUUAUUGAUUAUGGAACAAAAGAACGAUUAUGUUCGAUUUCACGCGUGGCAGUUGGAUCUUUGUGAUCUUGGAGAUCGGUUUAAUUAUUUUUCUUUGGUUGCCUACGUGGAUGGAAUUACUUUGGAACGAUUUGAAAUGCCGAUUUUUGGUACUUUAGCCAGUACUUGGGUGGAUAGCGAAUAA